AUGGCAAGUGGUGGGCCAAAGGUGCUGGAAACAGCGGAGGAGAUCCAGAAGAGGCGUCAGGAGGUGUUGUCUCGGUACCAGAGGUUCAAGGAGCUGGUUGCUGAGAGGGGUCAGAAGCUUGAAGAGUCUUAUCACUACCAGGUUUUCAGACGAGAUGCAGAUGACCUGGAGAAAUGGAUCUUGGAGAAACUUAAGAUUGCAGAAGAUAAGAGCUAUGAAGACCCAACUAACAUACAGGGGAAAUAUCGGAAGCAUGAAUCCUUCGAAGCAGAGGUACAAGCAAAAUCAAGGGUCAUCCCUGAACUGGAAGAAAUCAGAACAGUUCGAUUUCCUGAGGGACAUUUUGCCCAUGAGGACACCAAGGACCACCUAGAUGAAUUGCGCCAUCUGUGGGACCUGUUGUCAGAGCUGACUCAGGAGAAGGGUACCCUGCUGCUGCGGGCCCUGAAGCUACACCAGUACUUGCAAGAGUGUGCUGACAUCUUGGAGUGGAUUGCAGACAAGGAAGCUAUAGUGACAUCAGUGGAGCUAGGUGAGGACUGGGAGAAAACAGAGAUUCUGCAUAAGAAGUUUGAAGAGUUCCAAGAAGAGCUGACAGCUCGAAAGAGGAGAGUGGAUCGAGUGAACCAAUAUGCCAAUGAGUGUGCUGAGGAGAACCACCCCGAGCUGCCCUUGAUUAAGUCAAAGCAGGAUGAGGUGAAUUCUGCCUGGGAGCGUCUCUACAGUCUGGCUCUCCAGAGACAGAAAUCACUGUCUGAUGCUACAGACCUCCAGCGAUUCAAAAGGGAUGUUACCGAAGCCAUCCAGUGGAUCAAGGAGAAGGAGCCUCAACUCACCUCUGAAGACUAUGGCAAAGACCUUAUUAGCUCUGAGGCACUGUUUCACAAUCACAAGAGACUUGAGAGGAGCCUUGCAGUCAUGGAUGACAAGGUGAAGGAGUUAUGUGCCAAAGCAGAGAAACUUAAGCUUUCUCAUCCUUCAGAUGCACCUCAGAUUCAAGAGAUGAAAGAGGAUCUGAUCUCCAACUGGGAGCACAUUCGAGCAUUGGCUACCAACAGAUAUGCAAAGCUAAAGGCUUCUUAUUGGUACCAGCGAUUCUUAUCUGACUAUGAUGAGCUCUCUGGCUGGAUGACGGAGAAGACUGCUCUGAUCAAUGCUGAUGAGCUGCCUACAGAUGUGGCUGGUGGGGAAGCCCUACUAGACAGGCAUCGACAGCACAAGCAUGAGAUUGACUCUUAUGAAGACCGAUUUCAAUCAGCUGCUGAGACUGGUCAAGACCUGCUGGAUGCAAAUCAUGAAGCCUCUGAGGAAGUUCGGGAAAAGAUGGAAACACUUGCCAAUAACUGGGCAGCCCUGUUGGAACUGUGGGUCAAGCGUCAGCAUCAGUACGAGCAGUGUUUGGACUUACACCUCUUCUACCGUGACAGUGAGCAAGUGGACAGUUGGAUGAGUAGACAAGAGGCUUUCCUGGAAAACGAGGACCUGGGAAACUCCUUGGGCAGUGUGGAAGCCCUUCGUCAGAAGCAUGAUGACUUUGAAGAAGCCUUUACUGCCCAGGAGGAGAAGAUCACAACCUUAGACAAGACUGCAACCAAACUGAUUGAUAAUGACCAUUAUGAUUCAGAGAACAUUGGUGCUAUCCGGGACACGUUGUUGGCUCGGCGGGAUGUCCUACGUAAAAGGGCUGCCAUUAGACGCAGAUUGCUGGAGGAUUCAUGGCUUUUGCAGAAACUGAAUCAGGACUCAGAUGACCUAAAGAACUGGAUCAACAAGAAGAAAAAGUUGGCAGAUGAUGAAGAGUACAAGGAUACACAGAACUUGAAAAGCCAGAUUCAAAAGCAGCAAGUCUUUGAAGAGGAACUGGCAGCUAAUGAGAUUCUGCUCAAUGACCUAAAAAAAACUGGUCAGAAGAUGAUUGAAGAUGAUCACUAUGCCUCUGACAUUGUAACUGCUCGUGUGAAUGAAGUUGACAGCCUCUGGAAGGAAUUGCUGGAGGCUACAGAACAGAAAGGGACUGAGUUGCAUAAAGCUAACAAGCUGCUGCAAUUUGAAAAUAACGCAGAAGAUCUGAAGCGCUGGCUGGAGGAGGUGAAGUGGCAGGCUGCCUCUGAGGAUUAUGGGAGAGGCCUGGCAGACGUACAAAAUCUACUCAGGAAACAUGGCCUUCUGGAGUCUGCUGUGGCUGCUCGUCAGGAUCAGGUGGACACCAUCACAGACCUGGCGGCAUAUUUUGAAGAAACAGGCCAUCUCGAUGCUGGGGACAUACGGGGCAGGCAGGAGUCCCUGGUGUCCCAGUUUGAAGCCCUGAAAGAGACGCUGGCCACUCGGAAGAAGAAGCUCAUCGACUUUUUCCUCCUGCAUCAGAUCUACAGAGACACAGAAGACGAGGAGGCCUGGAUCCAAGAGACUGAACCCUCAGCCGCUUCCACCUACCUUGGCAAGGAUCUGAUUUCCUCCAAGAAUCUUCUGAACAGACACCAAGUCAUCCAGGCUGACAUUGUCAGCCAUGAGCCACGCAUCCAAGCAAUAACAGAGAGAGGAAACAAAAUGGUAGAGGAAGGACACUUUGCUGCAGAAGAUGUGGCCUCAAAGGUUAAGAGUUUGAAUGAGAAUAUGGAGUCUCUCCAGGUUCGAGCUGCUAGACGGCAGAAUGAUCUUGAAGCCAAUGUCCAGUUUCAGCAGUACCUGGCUGACCUGCAUGAAGCAGAAGCAUGGAUUAGAGAGAAGGAGCCUAUUGUAGACAACAUUAACUAUGGAGCUGAUGAAGAAGCAGCUGGGGCUCUUCUAAAGAAGCACGAGGCCUUCCUAGUGGAUCUCAAAGCAUUUGGAAACAGUAUGCAAGCUCUACGGGAUCAGGCAGAAGCCUGCCAGCAACAGCAGGCUGCACCAGUGGAGGGAGCUGCUGGAGAAGUGAGGGUUGUGGCUUUAUAUGACUUCCAGGCCCGCUGCAACCGAGAAGUCACGAUGAAGAAAGAUGAUGUCUUAACUCUGCUCAGUUGCAUCAACAAGGACUGGUGGAAGGUGGAAGCUGAUGGUCACCAGGGCUUUGUGCCAGCUGUCUACGUCAAGAAACUGGCCCACGACGAGUUUCCUACUCUCCCGCAGCAGCGGCAAGAAGAACCAGGCAGCAUCACCCAGCGCCAGGCACAGAUUGAGAACGAGUACCGCUCCCUCCUUGAUCGUGCAGAAGAACGCCGACGUCGUCUGUUGCAACGUUACAAUGAGUUUUUGCUGGCCUAUGAGGCAGGAGACAUGCUGGACUGGAUCCGAGAGAAAAAGGCAGAUAACACUGGGGUGGAACUAGAUGAUGUUUGGGAGCUUCAGAAAAAGUUUGAUGAGUUCCAAACGGAUUUGAAGACCAAUGAGCCUCGGCUGAGGGAUAUCAACAAGGUGGCUGAUGAUCUUCUAUUUGAAGACCUUCUAACACCAGAAGGAGCUCAAAUACGGCAGGAGUUGAAUACACGCUGGGACUCCCUGCAGCAGCUUGCAGAGGAACAGCGCCAGCUGCUGGGCAGUGCCCAUGCUGUCCAGAUGUUUCACAGAGAUGCAGAUGACAUGAAGGAUCAGAUUGAAAAGAAGUGCCAGGCCCUCAGUGCUGCGGAUCCUGGCUCAGACCUGUUCAGUGUUCAGGCCCUUCAGCGACAGCAUGACGGCUUUGAGAGAGACAUCAUACCCCUGGGGGAAAAGGUGACCAUACUGGGGGAGACAGCAGAGCGGCUCAGUGAGUCCCAUCCAGAUGCCACUGACGACCUGCAGAGGCAGAGAGUGGAGUUGAAUGAGGCCUGGGAGGACCUGCUGGGGCGUACGAAUGAUCGUAAGGAGAACCUAAAGGAGGACCAGAAAUUCUACCUGUUCCUCAGCAAGGCCAGGGACUUACAGAAUUGGAUCAGUGGCAUUAGUGGUGUGGUAUCAUCACAGGAGCUGGCUGAGGAUUUAAUUGGCACCGAGAUCUUGAUAGAGCGACAUCAGGAGCAUCAUGCUGACAUGGAGGCCAAGGCUCCCACCUUCCAGGACUUAGAAGACUUUGGUGCAGAACUUAUAAACAGUGGGCACCGUGCCAGCCCUGAAAUUCAAGAAAAGCUUCAAGCUGUCAGACUAGAGAGGGAUGAUUUGGAGAAAGCUUGGGAACAACGCAAGAAGAUGCUAAAUCAGUGUCUGCAGUUGCAGUUGUUCCAAGGGAACUGUGAUCAGGCUGAGAGCUGGAUGGCGGCACGUGAGAAUGUCCUGAGGUCAGAUGAUAAGGGUUUAUUAGACAGUCUGGAGGCCUUGAUGAAGAAACGCGAUGAUUUGGACAAAGCAAUCACUGCCCAGGAAAAGAAGAUCACUGAACUAGAACAUUUUGCUGAUCAGCUCAUAGAUGAUGACCACUAUGCCAAGGAAGAGAUUGCUGCUCGGCUCAAACAUGUGCUAGACAGAUGGAAGGCUCUCAAAGAACAGCUGACUGCUGAGCGUACAAAAUUGGGAGACUAUGCUGACCUAAAACAAUUCUACCGUGACCUUGAAGACCUAGAAGAAUGGAUCAGUGAGAUGCUGCCCAUAGCAUGUGAUGAAUCCUACAAAGACCCCACCAACAUUCAGAGGAAAUACUUGAAGCACCAGACCUUUGAAAAUGAAGUCAAUGGCCGAGCUGAGCAGGUGAAAGGAGUCAUCAACAUGGGGAAUUCCCUGAUUGAGCGGAGAGCGUGUGAUGGCAAAGAAGAGACCGUGAAGGGUCAAUUGGAAGAGCUGGAGAAACACUGGGACGACCUGCUUACGAAAACAAUUGACAAAGGAGAGAAGCUCAAUGAGGCUAGUCGCCAACAGAGGUUCAACACAGGCAUCCGGGACUUUGAGCUUUGGCUCUCAGAGGCAGAAACACUGCUAGCCAUGAAAGAUCAGGCCAGGGACUUGGCAUCUGCAGGAAACCUGCUCAAGAAGCAUCAGUUAUUGGAAACAGAGAUGUUGACCCGAGAGGAUGCACUCAAGGACCUGAAUCAGUUGGCUACUGAUCUGCUCUCCAGUGGGACUUUCAAUGCUGACCAAAUUGUGGAGAAAAGAGAUAAUGUCAACAGCCGCUUCCUGAAUGUCCAGAACUUAGCAGCUGCACACCAUGAGAAAUUGAAAGAGGAUUACGCCUUGUUCCAGUUCUUCCAAGACCUGGAUGAUGAGGAAUCCUGGAUAGAGGAUAAGUUAAUUCGAGUGAGCUCCCAGGACUAUGGGAGGGAUCUGCAGGGGGUUCAAAACUUAAUGAAGAAGCACAGACGCCUAGAGGGGGAGCUGGUGGCACAUGAACCCGCCAUCCAGAAUGUGCUGGAUACGGCAAAGAAGCUAGGAGACAAGGCUGCUGUGGGGCAAGAGGAGAUCCAGAAGCGACUGGCUCAGUUUGUUCAACACUGGGAGAAGCUCAAAGAGUUGGCCAAGGCUCGAGGGCUUCGACUGGAAGAGUCUCUAGAAUACUUGCAGUUCAUGGAGAAGGCUGAGGAGGAGGAAGCUUGGAUCAGUGAAAAGGAAGCUAUGGUUGCCCAAGGGGAUUGUGGAGACACAUUGGCUGCUACUCAGAGCUUGCUAAAGAAGCAUGAAACAUUGGCUAAUGACUUUGCUGUCCAUGAGACCCGAGUGCAAAAUGUCUGUGCUCAAGGAGAAGACAUCCUGAGCAAGGUGUUGCAGGAGGAAAGUCAGCAGAAGGAGAAGAUUUCUGCCAAGAUAGACGUUCUGAAUCAAAAGACCCCUUCUCUGUCCAAGGCAAUAGCUGCUUGGAAGUUGCAAUUGGAAGAUGAUUAUGCCUUUCAGCAAUUUAACUGGAAGGCUGAUGUGGUAGAAGCCUGGAUAGCUGAAAAGGAAAGAAGCCUGAAGAUCAAUGGCAAUGGUGCAGACCUCGCUGCCUUCCUCACUCUCUUGGCAAAGCAGGACACACUGGAUGCCAGUCUGCAGAGCUUCCAGCAGGAGAGACUGUCUGAGAUAACUGACCUAAAGGACCAACUAGUGGCUGCUCAGCACAGCCAGACCAAAGCCAUUGAGGAGCGCCACACUGCCCUGCUGAGUCGCUGGGAACAGCUGCUGGAAGCCUGUGCAGCCCACAGACAGAAAUUGCUGGAGAAACAGCAGCCCCUGCAGGAGGCUGAGGAGCUAUUCAUGAAAUUUGCACACAAGGCUUCAGCUUUCAACAACUGGUGUGAACAUGCUGAGGAAAACCUGUCAGAGCCUGUGCACUGUGUCUCCCUGAAUGAGAUUCGGCAGCUGCAGAAGGACCAUGAGGCCUUCUUGGCCUCUUUGGAAAAGCACCAAACAUAUUUCAAUGAUUUACUGGAGCUAGACCAGCAGAUUAAGACCUUAAAUGUGCCCUCCAGCCCUUAUACCUGGUUAACAGUAGAAGUACUAGACAGGAUCUGGAAGCACCUAUCUGACGUCAUCAAGGAACGCGAGCAGGAGCUGCAAAAAGAAGAGGCAAGACAGGUCAAGAACUUUGAGAUGUGCCAGGACUUUGAACAGAAUGCCAGUGCCUUUCUUCAAUGGAUCUUGGAGACCAGGUCUUAUUUUUUGGAUGGAUCUUUGCUCGAAGAAACAGGAACUCUGGAAUCCCAGUUGGAAGCAAAUAAAAGGAAGCAGAAGGAGAUCCAGGCAAUGAAGCGCCAGUUGACCAAGAUUGAGGACCUGGGGGACAGCUUAGAAGAGGCUCUGGUCUUGGACGUCAAAUACAGCACCAUUGGGCUGGCCCAGCAGUGGGAACAGCUCUACCAGCUUGGGAUGCAAAUGCAACACAACCUGGAACAACAGAUCCAAGCCAAAGACACCAGAGGUGUGAGUGAGGAGACACUAAAGGAGUUUAGCAAAACAUUUAGACACUUUGAUGAGAAUUUGACAGGGCGCUUAAGUCACAAAGAUUUCCGGUCCUGCCUGAGAGUGCUCAAUUACAACUUGCCCAUGGUGGAGGAGGAUGAACCUGAGCCCAAGUUUGAGAAAUUCCUAGAUGCUGUCGAUCCAGGAAGGAAGGGCUAUGUCUCACGAGAAGACUAUACCUCAUUCCUGAUUGACAAGGAAUCAGAGAACAUCAAGUCCAGCGAUGAAAUAGAGAAUGCUUUCCAAGCCCUAGCAGAGGGCAAGGCCUAUAUUACCAAAGAGGACAUGAAACAGGCCCUAACCCCGGAACAAGUAUCAUUCUGUGCCUCACAUAUGCAGCAAUAUGCGGACCCCCGGGGCCGAAGCCAUGCUGCUGGCUAUGACUAUGUUGGCUUCACCAAUUCCUACUUUGGCAACUGAUAAGCAGCUUUUCCUGUAUCAUAGAAAAUCUUGGUGUGGUGGGAAAUAUUGGGGAAUGAUGGAGACAGGAA